AUUAGUUAAAAAAAAUUUAACUAAACUUAUUUGAUCUAAAAAAAUUUAAUUCAACUUAUUUACGUUACUUAAUCUGACUAGCAAAAACAUAUUACUCCUCCAACACCUAUUUGAAAAAAAAGAAGAAAGAAAAAUCUGCUGUAAAAUUAAACUAUGUUGUCACACAGGCGAAGGAAUAGAUUUCAGAAAGGGGAUAAUUGUGUGUCGCAAUACAGUUGGAAUCAAGUAGGUGCUUGUUAUGAAAUAGAAUGAAAAGAUGCGCAAAGCCAAAUUAAAGGAAAGCAUUUUAACUGCUUGCUUAUGAAUUUACAGUCUUAUUCUGCGCGCCACCUUCAAUUCUCAUGCCAGUUCUCUGCGAUGGCUGCUUCAAUUUCACACUUUAACUUUCCCCUCCUCAAUUCUACCACAAAACCCCAUGUUAAACAUUACCCACCUCUCAACAUUCCUAAAUUCUCUCCGUCCCCUGCCAGAAUCCCUUUUUCUAAAGAGAAAUGCAAGCAGUCAACUCUCCGUUAUGCGUUUAGCUCAUUUACCGAUUUGUUAACUGGACAUGGUAACUUGCUUCUUUUUAAUCUUGAUCAUGUUUAUGGCCCACUCCUCGAGCUGUGUGCAUCCGAGAAGGCUCUGUUACAAGGCCAACAAAUUCAUGCCCAUAUCAUUAAAUCUAAUGUAGCGCGUAUUUCUGUUUUCUUGAGCACUAAGCUUGUGUUCAUGUAUGGCAAGUGCGGUUCUGUUCUGCAUGCGAAAAGGGUGUUCGAUAAAAUGUGUGAAAGAACUAUUUUUACGCGGAACGCUAUGUUGGGUUCUUACGUUUCAAAUGGGGAACCCUUGCAAGCUCUUGAAAUGUAUAGGGAAAUGCGGUGUUUGGGUGUUCCUUUUGAUUCGUACACUUUUCCUUAUUUGCUUAAAGCGUGUGCCACAGUUCAAGAUCUUCGUUGUGGGGCUGAGAUCCAUGGUCUAGCUAUUAAAUGCGGGAAUGAUUCUAUUGUUUACGUGGCUAAUUCUCUUGUUACCAUGUACGCAAAGUGCAAUGAUCUAAACGGCGCAAGGAAAUUGUUCGACAGAAUGAACGAUAGAAGUGAUGUUGUGUCAUGGAAUUCUAUGAUUUCUGCAUAUUCUGGGAAUGGGUGUUGCAUAGAAGCACUAGGACUCUUUAGAGAAAUUCAUAAGGCUGCUGUUGCUACAAAUGCUUAUACUCUUGUUGCUGUUCUUCAGGCAUGUGAGGAUUACUCUUCUAUGAAACUGGGUAUGGAAAUACAUGCUGCUAUCCUGAAAUCAAGACAAUUGCUUGACGUUUAUGUGGCUAAUGCCUUGCUAGCUAUGUAUUUUAGAUUUGGCAAAAUGGCUGAGGCUGCAGUAAUUUUUGAUGACUUGGACGACAAGGACAUUGUCACAUGGAAUUCCAUGCUCACGGGCUUCAUCCAAAAUGGUCUCUACAAUGAAGCUUUGCAAUUCUUCCAUGAUUUGCAGGAUGCUGGUUUGAAACCUGACCAGGUUUCCGUAAUAAACAUUAUUGUGGCAUCUGGGAGAUUGGGUUAUCUAUUGAAUGGAAGGGAAAUUCAUGCUUAUGCAAUAAAGAACGGGUUUGCUUAUAAUGUACUGGUUGGGAAUACACUUAUAGAUAUGUAUGCAAAGUGUUGUUGCAUGAUUUAUGCUGGCCGUGCAUUUCAUAAGAUUCCCAAUAAAGAUUUUAUUUCUUGGACUACUAUUAUAACUGGGUAUGCUCAAAACAAUUGUCACAUUGAGGCCUUAGAAUUGUUUAGAGAAGUGCAAAUGGAAGGGAUGGAUGUUGAUGCAAUGAUGAUGGGAAGCGUAUUGCUGGCAUGUGGUGGACUGAAAUGCUUGAUACUGGUAAAAGAAAUCCAUGGUUACAUUAUAAGGCGAGGUCUAUCUGAUCCAGUUCUGCAGAACACAAUAAUUAGUGCAUAUGGAGAGUGUGGUACUGUUGACUACAUGUCUCGAAUGUUUGAGUCAAUUGAAUGUAAAGAUAUUGUGUCAUGGACGAGCAUGAUAUCGUCUUAUGUCCAUAAUGGGCUUGCAAAUGAAGCUCUUGAAGUCUUUUACUCAUUCAAAGAAGCUACUCUUGAACCAGAUUCUAUAAUUCUAGUAAGCUUACUCUCUGCUGUUGCCAGUUUAUCAACCUUGAAGAAAGGAAAAGAGAUUCAUGGUUUCAUAAUCCGGAAGGGUUUGAUAUCAGAAAAAACUACAGUGAAUGCUCUUGUGGAUAUGUAUGCUCGCUGUGGAAGUCUAGAUAAUGCAUGUAAGAUAUUUAUUAGUACUAGAAAUAAAAGUUUAGUUCUUUGGACUGCUAUGAUCAAUGCAUAUGGAAUGCAUGGCCAUGGUGAAGCAGCUGUUGAAUUAUUCACGAGAAUGAAGGGUGAAAAAUUAAUUCCUGAUCAUAUCACCUUUCUAGCAAUUCUUUAUGCAUGCAGUCAUUCAGGAUUGAUUAAUGAAGGAAAAAGAUUUAUUGAAAUUAUGGAGAAUGAUUAUCAGUUGGAGCCAUGGGCAGAACAUUAUGCCUGUUUGGUUGAUCUUCUUGGACGUACAAAUCACAUAGAAGAGGCAUACCAAUUUGUUAAAAGUAUGCCGAUUGCAUCUACUCCUGAAGUUUGGUGUGCACUUCUUGGGGCUUGCCGAGUUCAUUCUAAUAAGGAAAUCGGAGAAAUUGCAGCACAGAAGCUCUUAGAUAUGGAUAUAGAUAAUCCUGGAAAUUAUGCACUUGUAUCCAAUGUCUUUGCAGCUAGUGGCAGAUGGAAAGAUGUCCAAAAAGUUAGAAUGAAAAUGAAGGGAAUUGGAUUGAAGAAAAACCCUGGAUGUAGUUGGAUUGAGGUUGGGAACAAAGUUCACACUUUCCUUGCUAGAGACAGGUCGCACCCUGAAUGUGAUAAAAUUUACCAAAAGUUAGCUCAAAUUACUGAAAAGUUGGAGAGGGAAGGAGGCUAUGUUGCUCAAACCAAAUUUGUUUUGCAUAAUGUAGGGGAAGAAGAGAAAGUUCAUAUGCUUUAUGAGCAUAGUGAAAGGCUGGCCAUUGCAUACGGCCUAUUGAGCACUGCCAAGGGAACUCCAAUUAGAAUUACAAAAAAUCUUAGAGUUUGUGGUGAUUGUCAUACAUUCUGUAAGCUAGUUUCGAAACUAUUUGUAAGAAAGCUGAUUGUGAGGGACGCCAGUAGAUUUCAUCAUUUUGAAGAUGGAGCCUGCUUUUGUGGAGAUUUUUGGUGAUCAACAAGACUUUGUAUUCCAGAAUUUGGCUUGAAAGAUCUCUUUUGGUUCAUUCUUGCUGCUUAAGGUUAGGAAAAAUCACUCGUUACUGGGAGGAGGUGCAAAGUUAUGAUUUUCAAGUCCUCUACUUUGGUUUGUUACAACAGAGAGAGAUAUUUGUUAGCUCCUCGCACUAGCGGGUUGGACUUUGGGGCUAACAUCAUUUGGCAAGUUUUCGGGUAUUGUCCUGAAGCAACUCCAUUCUGCGUCUUGCACCUUUGUGUGGACUUGCAGAAGAUGGUUGCAUCUAGGAAUAAGCAGAGGAGAACAGAGCUGAAAUCCUAUUAUUUUCAAUAAGAAUCAAAACUAAUAUGUUUCAAUUGAAGGGAAGGCAGAUUCAGACGGGCAAGUAUAAUGCUCAUGUUCACAUCAAUUUAGUGAUUAUAUUGGUAAUAGACGGAAGUUCAUCAUUGGUUCCUGACCACCGUAAGAUCAGAUGGAGCUCUAGAUAUCAUUCGAAGAUUGUGAAUGUAUAAAGAUUCAUCUCUCUGGUUCAGAUUAUCAGUGUGUGUGGUUUUGUAAAUGAUUACCUGCAUAAUCCUGUAAAAAGAAAAACAAGGAGGAAAACAAAAGGGAAGUGAUAGCAGAUGUGAAAUAUUGUUGACUUGUAGUGCCAUUGUUACUCUAAUGAAGAUAUCUUGUUGAACGGCAAAUUUUGGAAAGAUAAUUCAAGUUGAUAUAAAACUCAAUAUUGUUGUGGCGAACCCCAUACUUUCUGUAA